AGACCAUUUUGUCCGGAUUUGAUCCAGUGCUAUCUACUCAAAAUAAGCAUCGAGAGCUACUAUCACCUCAAAUGACGAUGAGUUCUUAGAUUUUCACACGGUGUAGGUACAUCCAUACUUAGAGAUGCAACAAGAGCUCUUUAAUGAGAUAAUGAGUGUGUCACAAGCAACCAUUAGCCAAAACAGAAUUCUACUUAAUUGGCCAAAAGGUAAACGAAAAGGGUCACCUGCCCCUGGCCAGGGUAUAUAAAGGGCCCGGAGCGGGAGGAGGACAUUCACACCUGAGAACACCCAGCUCCUCUCAACAGCCCACCCCACACCAGCCUCAGACACCACCAUGACCGGCUCCUGCUGCGGCUCCACCUUCUCCUCCCUGAGCUACGGGGGAGGCUGCUGCCAGCCCUGCUGCUACCGCGACCCCUGCUGCUGCCGCCCCGUGACCUACCAGACCACCGUGUGCCGCCCCGUGACCUGCGUGCCCCGCUGCACGCGUCCCAUCUGCGAGCCCUGCCGCCGCCCGGUGUGCUGCGACCCCUGCUCCCUGCAGGAAGGCUGCUGCCGCCCCAUCACCUGCUGCCCCACGUCGUGCACGGCUGUGGUCUGCAGGCCCUGCUGCUGGGCCACCACCUGCUGCCAGCCUGUGUCUGUGCAGUCCCCCUGCUGCCGGCCCCCCUGCGGCCAGCCGACGCCUUGCAGCACCACCUGCAGGACCUUCUCCUGCUGAG